AUGGCUCGCUUCCGUGGUGAGGGUCACCGGGACAGGAACUCCAUCAUGUACAACGAUCGUGACCACUUGUCGCGGAAGUUGAUCAAGAUCCUCCGCCGUCCAGGUCGGGGCCACCACCUCCACAAGCGACGGGAUGGCUACAUGCUGUUGCAUCAGGUGGCCGCGCAGCUGAGGUCGCGCGGGACCUUUCGCGGCUUUCCGGUGACCGAGCAGGAGGUAGAGGAGAUCGCCCGUGGGGAUCCUCGGCACUUUGGGGUGGCGGCUUCUCCGGAGGGCACGGUGAUCCGCGCAUUGUCGAAGCACGCGCCUGGCAGUGUGGAUCUGGAUCUGUUCAACAGCGCUUCCACAAGGAGCGUGGAAAGCCAACUUCGGACCGUGGGCUACGUCUUCGACGCACCUGGACCACCACCCCUGCCUGGUGACGGUGCCAGCGCGCCAUCUGCGGAGGGCGGGUCCGUGAUGGGGGACGCUGAGCUCUUCGCCCCCGGGUCUUCGGACGAUGAGGAGGACUACGAGCAAGUUCAGGAUGAGCUGAGGAAGCUUCGACAAGAAAAUGCUGAGCUGAAGGAUGAGGUGGCAGCGUUAAAGGCGGAGAAUGCAAAGUUGCGGGGAGAGCCUGUCAGCGUGAAGUCGGGCGAAGAUCCAUGGCAGACGGGUGCGGAUCCCUGGCAGACGGGCGCCCCAAUGGCUGGGCCUUCGCCACCUGCGCCCGCCGUAAGGCACAGGGAGGAUACACAGCAGACGUCGCCCAAGCUGGAGCCGCUGGCUGCGCCGACAAGCGGGCAGCCCGCACUGGCUGCGCUACAUCGAGAAACAAAGGCGGAGAACAUGCGGCAAGCCCACGAAGAGAAUGCUGAACCCGCGGUGCUUCGCGUCUCGGGCCUCGGCUGUGAGCAGGAGCCCUUCGCAAGCCGCCUCCAUGGCGAGUACCUUCGCCUGGAGGAGCGGAGGUGCGGACGCCCCGUGUUCCAACGCGGAGCCGAGGCUGCAGCCCGGCAGAUGGUGCUCUUCUACUGGGACGACCCGGAGUUGUCAGGAUGGUACUUCUGUCCCAGUCUUGACGAGGAGGUGGAGACUUGGGCUUUCCAUGCCGGCGACACUGGUCUGCCUCCGGCUGAUGGCUGGGUCGCGCCUUACGACGAGAAUGGCGAAGUAAACCCAAGCUUCAGGGUUGAGGCCGUGCGCUAG